UUUACAGCGCCACUCAUGGUAUGGAUGUAUGGGGGGGGGGGGUAUGUUCAGUUGCAGUUUUUAACCGUUUCUUCCUCAUUCACAUAUUAUCUGACGAUAUUUAGUUUAUUAUUACAAGCCAUUGUAAAAAUCUAACGUUAACUUGUCUUACAGGCAGCUGCACGAGCAGAUUCUAUUUUUUUUCACUUGCGUCAAAUUGCAGAAAUGAAAGUGAAAGUUCUUUGGAGUUGAAUGGCACAGGGAAAGACAUCUCCGGAAGACAGUUUUGUAACAUUAUGCGUUUAAACGUCAAUAUUGUUAUCUGUUUAUUUCUCUGUGCAGAGGUGCCAGGCAUCCAGUCUUUACAACAGGUGCCUUGGCUGCCUUGUAUGCUGGUGGAUGAACUUGUAAAGUUCAAUGAUGAGGGACAUGCUGAAACCCAGUAUCAACACAGAAACGCUGGGCUGCAGUUUGGUCAUCCAGGGGACAGUGCAUUGAACCCUAAUGCCAUCACCUUCGUUGUUACAGGCUCUAAGGUGGACAUGAGGAAGUACAUUGAAGGAGCAGUAGUGGAGCACCAGCUGCAGUGUGAGAUCCGCAGGUACAGCACAGAGGGUAUCCAGGUGCGUUGGCCAGGUUUAGGAGCCCAGGAUCACGAUAUCUGGUUCACCAGCACCUUACGGCACACCGACGGCCUCUUCGUCAUCACCAGCUUCCUCAGACAUACCCCUGCCACACCCACACCUGGCCAGGCAGACUACCGCAACUGGGCCGCCAUCGCAGACAGAGAGAUGCUAACCACCUCAACUGCGAUGCUAGUCUUCACCCGUACUCCCUCUGUGUGGGUGGGCCUAAUGAAGCAACCGAGCCUGCACUGUCAGUUUGACGUGGACCACAAGGCAGUCGACCUGACAGUGGAAUGGCGUUUGCAACAACGCGGCGAACGGACCAGGCUCUUCAGCCACUCCAGACGCUCGGGCCAAAGGGAGGGGGGCGGGGUGGAUCUUAAGGGCAUCGGUAGGGGCGACGCAUCCCUGACGCUCCCCCUCACCAAGCAGAGCAGCGAGGGGACGUAUGUCUGCCUUGUCUCGGUGCCUCCACUGUUUGGCAGCCAUGAAAUCGCUCUGCACAUCAUGGAGCCUCCUCGCGUGUCCUUGAACGUGGACUCUGUCAUCUCCUUGGUGGAAACGGAGAAGCAGAAGGUGGUGUGUGAGGCAGAGGGCUACUACCCCCUGGACGUGGAGAUGGAGUGGUUCAGGGAGCCCAGUGGUGGAGGUGGAGGCCUCCUACCAGAGAAGCUGGACACUGUCCUGUACUCCAGCCACCGCCACCACCAGGACGGGACCUACUCUCUGUCGGCCUUCUUCCUGCUCCACGCUUCCAUGCAUGACUCCAGCUCCAAGUACUUCUGCAGGGUGUCUCACAGCUCCCUGCGCAUGCCCAUCCGCAAGUGUUUCACCCUCAUCGUCACAGAGCUUGACAGUUGGAACUUGCUGUGGUUGUUCUUUGGCUGUGGAUUCAUCCUGGUCAUGGUGGCCACUUUGUGUGUGAUGCUACCCCGCCUGAGCUCAGCAAGAACAGCAAACAAGAGAAAGCCCUACUGAGAGAACAUGCCAGAGUGGUUAGAGCUGAUCUCCAUGGAUACAGACAGUCCAUUCCUACCCUCCUUCUCCUUCUCUUCAUCUUAGUACUUCUCUAUCAGGAGGUUUAUUUUGGGAAUGUGGGUAUAGUGUGUGUCCAUCAAGUCAUUUGAUAUGGGGUAAUGUUUCUUCCGAUUCUCCCAUUAUAAAAGUACAGUAAAUGUAGAAAGAUUGA